UUUUAUUCUGUUGAUCAGCUGGUGUUAUUUUGUCUUCUCUAUGGUAAGGUGAAUACAUUUCCUGUACUUGGCCUACCCCAUAGCUAAAGCAGCAUUUAUUCACAUUUGACGGUUUUGGGAUUGUGAGGUAUUGUCUCUCACUCACAAAUGGGACUUCACAAUUUUUUUCACAAGAUCCAAGGGUCAUCCUGUAAAUAAGAUUCCUGAUGUGCUACCCUGAUAUUAUAAUGUCAUAAUAUUCCACUGUGAAUAUUGUGAUUAUGGAUCCAUACAAUCUGCAUUUGAAAAUUAAAUUUCAAUCUAUUUGCCAUCAAUUUCAUGAUGAAAUUAAAACAUUCGAGCUCUUUGAAGAAAGCCUAGUACAUAAUUUUUGUUCACAUACCUAAGAUGAUAUGGCUUCUAUAGAUCAGAGAUUUUUUUGGUCAUGGUAUAGAAGUUUGUCCAGAAAUAGAAAAUAGGGCCGCUGCGACCAAGAUGGCCGGGAGACUCGCCACCUUCCUCAAGGAUGCCUGGGCCAAGGAGCUGAUGCUGGUCGUGUCCUUCACCAUUGGGGGCCUCGCUCUAAUUCUGCCCACCCUCAGCCCCUUCACCAAAUACGCCACCGUGAUCAACCAGGCCAUGCCCUACAACUAUCCAGUGCCCCUCCAAGAUGAUGGGAACAUUCCCGACAUGCCCAGCCACCUCCAGGACCCCCAGGGCCCAAGCUUGGAGUGGCUGAGAACUUGUGAGCACCCCUGGUGACAUGGAGGAGGCCCCUCCCCUGAGCCAAUAAAAUGCAAAAAGUGAAAAAAAAAUAGAAAAUAGUAGUUGGUUAAGAAAUAUGUUCAGGUGGGGGCUCCUGGGUGGCUCAGUCGGUUAAGCAGCUGACUCUUGAUUUCAGCUCCGGUCAUGAUCUCAGGGUUGUGAGAUCGAGCCCCAUGUUAGGCUCCUUGCUGGGUGUGGAGACUGCUUAAGAUUCUCUGUCUCCCUCUGCCCUCCCCUGUCCCCUGCGCUCAUGCGAGCUCUCUCAAUCUCUCUCUCUCUCUUUCUCAAUUAAAUAAAUCUUAUUAAAAAAAAAGAAAUAUGUACAAGUGAACAGAAUUAUCCCUAAGUAGAGUGUGUAA